AUGGAUCGCGGAUACUGGCGAAGACUCUCCGGGCCAAAGCUGCUCAAACUCAUCACCGCCGUGUCGGCCAUGGCCAUCUCCUACGAAGGCAUGAGCCAGGGAGUCAUGGGCGCAGUAAACGUUGCUCCUGAAUACGGGCGCCGAAUGGGUUUUGCAGAUGCCGAUGGCACUGUCAUCAAACCGUCCUUACAAGGAGGAAUCGUCGCAAUAUACUACGCCGGUGCACUUCUCGGUGCCUUCUGGGCUGGUGCUUUUUCGGACUCCUAUGGCCGUAUCAAGGGCAUUUGGAUGGCAUGCUUCUGGUGCAUGUGCGGUGUCAUUCUACAGGCAUCCGCUGUUAACCUAGCGCAUAUGCUUUGUGCCCGAAUCGUCGCUGGCGUCGGUGUCGCUUUCAUCAUAGUCAUCGCGCCUGCGUGGACAGCGGAGCUUGCACCGGCCGCCCACAGAGGUAAAAUGAUUGCGCUCACCUUCCUCGCCAACUUUUCCGGAAUCGCCUUAUCAUCGUGGAUCGGCUUUGGUACAUCGUUCACCGAGUACGCCGGCGGCGCAUUUAGAUGGCGCUUCUGCUUCGCCAUGCAAGCCAUCCCACUCUUCAUUCUCAUCGCCGGCACUCUACUUAUCCCCGAGUCGCCACGAUGGCUUGUAAAGGCGGGCAGAAAAGAAGAAGCCUUUGAGAUUAUCGCGAAGAUCAGAGGUGACGGCGACCCUGAGCAUCCAGACGUCCAGCACGAGUACAGAGAGAUCAUCACGGUCAUGCAAAUGGAGCAGGAAUCGCAGAGUACCAACUACGUCAAGAUGUUCCUCGGCAUUGGGUCAGGGGACAUUCAUCUUGGUCGGAGAAUCCAGCUCGCAUUCUGGCUCCAGGUGCUUAUGCAAUACGGAACCGGUAUAGCAGCCGUGGUAAUCUACUCCGGCACCAUCUACCGCACGGCGGGCUUCGACGACUUGAAGUCGAACUGGCUGUCAGCACUCAGCAUGAUGGUAGGCAUCCUCGGCACGGCUAUUGCGGCGUUUACCCUCGAUCGAGUCGGCCGUAGGCGGACACUCUACUGGGGUGCCGUCGUCCUCAGCAUCAUCCUCUUCACCAUCGGUGGCUUGUACCGUGGUGCACUCAACAAUCCCGCCCAAUCAGAGAUAUACGGAACAGCAGCGGCGUCCAUGGUUUUCGUGUACAUUCUGGUCUUCAGCUCCUCGUGGCUUAUGAUCCCCUUCAUCUACCCAACAGAAAUAUUCCCAACCUGGUUGCGGGCAAAGGGCAACGCGUUCGGCGUCGCGGGCUGGGCAAUCGGCUUUGGCGGCGGUUCACUGCUUGUCCCGAUCAUGUUUGCUGGCAUUGGCGAGAAGACCUUCUACGUGUUUGGAGCGGCAAUGCUUGCUUACAUCCCAAUCAUUUACUGCUUCUUCCCCGAGACCGCCGGGCGCAGUCUAGAAUCGAUUGACUUUUUGUUUGCUAGCAAGAGUUUGUUCACCUGGAACGAGGAGAAGGAGUUCGAGAAGCGGGUGGCACAGCUCGAAACGCAGAUCCAGAAGGCGCAAGAGAAGGAGGAUGGCUUGUAUAGCGAGAAGUCAGACCGCGUGUUUGUAGAGGAUUCGGCCGUCUAG